ACAUUUAACUAAAAAAUAUAUCUAUGAUUCACACGGGAAAUUAUUCUCACAUGAUUCAAGUCUCACAGCAGGAAAGUAAGCUAAAUGGAAAACGAAUUUCGGUUUGAGUUCCUCAUUUUUCUAGUGAAACUGAGUCAACCAGCUAAAGUGUGAUUCUUCAUGUCAACAUCACAGAGACAAUCACACAAUGUUGCGAUUGACGUAUGGUAGAAAUUAUAGAAGUUACUGUUCUAACGUUAAUAUUCUGUUUAUUGUUUUAUGUCUUAAAUACAACAACAAACAAAAUAGGUUAACAAAGUGUCACAAACUUAUCUCGUGCCCUCAUUGGUCAUGUGCACGUUCCAUGAGCCAAUCUUCCUUUUAUGGAAGGUUUGGUGGUGGAGUGGGCCGCCAGAGAGUGCUACAGCUUCUUAGCUGCGACUCCACAGCUGCUUGCAGGUCCCCUAACACAGUUUUAUGGGGAAUGGAAGCUUAGCUGUGUACUGACAUAAUGGAUGGACAGGACACUGAAACUGGGGUACUCACUCCAGUUUUUCAGCGUCCCUCCUCCAUGCAGGGGCAUAAGAGAGGCAAAUCUAUCAUCCCAGGAGGAGAUAGGUUUCCUUUCAACAGAGAUUCAGGCCCUGUUGCAAAAACAGGCAGUGUACUUCCUGGUUCCCAAGAAGACAGGAGAAUUCAGACCCAUUCUGGAUCUUCGCAGCCUGAAUCAGCACAUUGCCUGCAAAAAGUUCCAUAUGUAAACCAAUUACUGGAACUAGGGCAGCCGGGUAAUUGGUUCACAACCAUCGACCUGAAGGACGCUUAAUUUCAUGUCGAAAAUUGCUUCAAAACCGCAGAAAGUAUUUGCGUGUUGCCUUCCAGGGGGUAUAGCCUACGAGUACAACAGACUACCGUUUGGCUACUCCCUAUCCCCACGCACGUUCAGCAAAUGUGUGGCCACAGCGCUUCAGCCGCUUCGCGACCAUGGCAUGAGGGUUUUGUAAUACGACCUCAUAGUCAUGGCCAGGUCCAGGGAAGAGGCAAACACAGCCCAAUUGAUCCAAGUGGAUUGCGGUCAAUUGGAAGAAGAGCAGUCCCAUACCUCACCAGCAGGUGGGGUAUCUGUGGAAUUUGCUCGAUGCACGCAGAGACUACGUGCCACCCUGUCAGAGAGCAGACAGGCUGCUUCAGGCAGUUUGCAGACACGUUUGCACACGAGCCAUGGCCAAGAUAGCUGCUCUACGCCUUUCCACCGCAGGUGCAAUAAGGGCGUUACCCACUCUGGGCCAACCUCUCCAGGAUUGUCUGACAAAGUUAUUCAGACUAUCCAGGCAGUAAGAGCAGGAUCCACCACAGCCUGUUACAGGACUAAGUGGUUGGGAGUGAAGAAAGGAGUCUAGAGCCUCUAUCAUCUACAUUGGGCUCUAUUCUGUACUAUUUACAGAUACUGGUGGACAGUGGGCUUGCUCAUUCCACAAUUAAGGUGUAUGCAGCAGCCAUCUCGUCCUGCCAUGAGGGAUUUGGUGGCAGGUCAGCCUUUAGUUAACCGCUUAUGGCGCAUUUUUUGCAGGGGGUCAGGAGACAGCGCCCAGUGGUGCAUGUCUCCACCCAGCAAUGGGAUCAGCCAUUGGUGCUCGAGGCUCUGGUCACAGAACCAUUUGAGCCUCUGGAGCUCUCCUCCCUGAAGGCACUAUCAUUGGGGGGCUGUGGGUCAGUAGGUAUCUGAUUUGCAUACUUACACUGUCUAUUUCCUUGAAAAUACCAGGAAACCUGAAGGAGAAGGCUAAUAACAACUUUAUGAAAGGACAAGAAGCCCUGAAUUCUAGGAUCAGUGACAGGUGAGCUUAUAAGAGGUAGGGUUAUCAGUACUGAUACUGAGUCAGUGCAUACAUCUUAAUAAAUUAAACAGCAGCAACAAAUAGAGCCUGACUCUUUCCUCUUGCUUAUAUAUAAUCUGCAGAGUCUGAGUGAAGGUCGAGGUUCCCUUUUAUAUUUAAAUGCUUACACUUCCCUAUUUUCAAGAGCUACUUCCUUAUGUUUAACAUUUUCCAACACACUGUGUUGUUACAUGAGUAAAGCAUACUUUCCAUUGGUCUGCUCGGGGAGAAACAGACUUGUCAUUCACUCACUGUGGUUGGCAAGACUUCAUCUGGUAAAUAGAUUUCACUGUCAGAAAGUUGUUGUUUUUGUGGUGCUCUACACAUUUCUAGAUUUCAGUCUAGAUUUGCAUACCGAGACAGUGUCUCUUGCCUUGACAAAUAAGGAAGCCUGUUGCAGGAGGAGGCUGAAAAACAACUGUCAUGAAAUGACAAGGAGUCCUGGAUUCAGUGACGGAUUAGUUCAUAAGGGAUCCAUGAGCUGGUGAGAUGGAGGAAGCUUACAGUGAACUGUACCAGCAGUUUCUCCACCUGAGGUCGCUUUGCCUGAGACAGGCAGCUCUGCUACAUCAACUCACAACAGCAUUGCAGAAACAGCAAGGUGCCACUGUUCCUAAUGGAGAGUUGAUUGAUUUGAUGUCCAUCCCUGUCCAGUGUACCCAAGAAAUCCCUGUAUAUUUCCACGAAAAGCGUCAAACUUCCAAAUCAUGCAACCCUGCAGCACAUUGUGGCGUUGUUGGCCUCUCUAAAAACGUGGGGACCUUUUACGAUGUCCUAGCUGAAGAUAUAUCUAAGCUCAAUGUGGAUGUGCCUCAUCAGACGGGAAAGGCAGAUGGGAAGUCUGAGCAAAUGGUUGCACCCCUGUCAAGCUUUGACAUCCCGAGAUUGCAAGGAGCCUGUCCUCAUGUCUCAAAUGAUGCGGGGCACACAGAUAAUCGUAUUGGAGACAGGACAAUGCACACAGUGGGGGUAGGUCUCUUCAGUGGACAACAAUCCCACCUGUAUUGGCCCAGGGUCCUCAAACCUGGCAUUGGAUUUUUAGCAUGUUCUUCCUCAAAAAUGUCCAUUUCGUGUCCUCUGUGUUUGUGUCAGAUGCCCGCGACAGGAGGCCCCUCCUUGUUUGGAGACAUGCUGAUGUCAGACGUGGUGCUGCAGUCUCAUGUUUGUGAGUUCUGCCAGGCGGUUUUCCCCGGGGACACAGCCACCAGAGGAGAGUUCCUACGCCAUCUGUACACCCACGUCACCUAGACUCAACUGAUCUGUCUUCUCUUCCUGACAUGAGUGUGUCUUUAUCAUUCAGCAGCAAGAGUGACGCCAGUGCCAACGUGCCUGCUUUCUUUCAAAUAGCAAACAAAAGUCUCUAGUGGUUCCAAAAGAAAAUGAGACUACUUGUACUUUGAUUUCCAAGAUUCACGUUUUCCUGAUGAGUGUAUGUUUCAAGUCUUCUUCAAUAUGUUGAUUUUGUAAAUUGUGGGCCCAUAUAGUAAAACAGAUGAUAAAGAAAGGUAUGCUUUAGGAGGUGGUUACCAACAGGUUGCUUGACCGUUGCUACUAGGACAUGUCCGGUGUGGGUGUUGUCCUGGUUUUUCUCUUAGAACUUUAUAUCUUUCACAUUUUGGUUUCAGUUUAUGAAAGUUAAUUGUAACAUUUUGGUCGACUAAACAUGUCUUUAGCUCAAUCCUCUCUUGUCACUUCUUGUUUGAAAACAAACUAAAUGAAAAUGAUCAAAAAAACAGGUGCCAAUAUCAAGGCUUCAGAUUGAGUCCACUUUUUACAUUACCCUACAAUGCAGUGUUUAAAUGAUAAGUUAGGUAGCCAGAAAUACAAUGCAAACUCGUGAAACUUCCAUUCCUACUUUGGUGAAUUACAAUGUUUGGAUAAUAGAAACAUUGCUCUACAUAAUGAGAUUAAUAGAUAUUACAUGUGUUUGAAGACCAUAUAGAUCCUGAUGGCUUACACGGCCUUUAAAGGGAAAUAAAUCUCUGAAAUAAAUGGUGAUUUGUAAUGUUCAGGCAAAUUGGCGUUCUUUCCUCUUUUCAAUCUGAAACCCUAAUAUUACUGUAGCUCUUGGACAUAAACAAAAUGGAGCACCAAAGUCAUUUUGGCUUGUAUUGUGUCUAAUUAAAAAUAUGUUUAACAAAGGUAGUUUUGGAAAGAGAGACACUAUUUGGGGUUUAUGAUCUUAAGUAACUGUUUGAAAAGGAGAUUAUAUCUGUUUUGAAGACAGAAAAUCUUUCUUUCCACAUGUUGGAGCAUCUACUGCCACGUUUCUUACAUCAUCGUCGUCUCAAAUUGCUGGUGUUGCUAACCUGUUAUGAAAUGGUUGGGACUGGGUUCAGUACUCACUGACCAGUGAUUAUUGUACACUUAUGUAACUGUACAUUAGUUUACCUUGGGUUAAGAUGACAUUUUCUACAUUUUUAUUAUAAUAACUAAAUGUUGUAAGAGAAUAGCCAUUUCCAAAUUGAUGUAAAAAUCAUGUCAGUAUGUACUUUGGUUGAUCUUUACAUUUGCAGUUCCACUUUAUCUAUGCAAGCUUGAAGAAAACAAUAAUAAAUAAUUAAAUCCGAAUAAAUUUA